AUGGAAGCCAGACCCUUAGAGCCUCUCUCCAGAGUCCCGGGUCUGGGGCCACCCAAUGCCUGCAUGAACCAAAGGGAAGGGAAUUUUAAAGGUCUGUGUAAGCAAAUCGAUCACUUCCCUGAGGAUGCAGAUUAUGAAGCUGACACAGCAGAGUAUUUUCUCCGGGCUGUGAGAGCCUCCAGUAUCUUCCCCAUCCUGAGCGUGAUUCUGCUUUUUAUGGGGGGCCUCUGCAUCGCAGCCAGUGAGUUCUACAAAACCCGACAUAACAUCAUCCUGAGUGCCGGCAUCUUCUUCGUGUCUGCAGGUCUGAGUAAUAUAAUCGGCAUCAUCGUGUACAUAUCAGCCAAUGCUGGAGACCCUUCCAAGAGUGACUCCAAGAAAAAUAGCUAUUCUUACGGUUGGUCCUUCUACUUCGGGGCCCUGUCCUUCAUCAUUGCCGAGAUGGUGGGAGUGUUGGCCGUCCAUAUGUUUAUUGACCGGCACAAACAGCUUCGAGCCAACGCCCGUGCCACGGACUACCUCCAGUCGUCCGCCAUCACCCGCAUCCCCAGCUACCGCUACCGCUACCAGAGACGAAGUCGCUCCAGCUCCCGUUCUACCGAGCCUUCCCACUCCAGGGAUGCUUCCCCCGUGGGCAUAAAAGGGUUCAACACUCUGCCCUCCACAGAGAUCUCGAUGUACACCCUAACCAGGGACCCCCUGAAAGCCGCCACCACCCCCACCACCACGUACAACUCUGACAGGGAUAAUAGCUUCCUCCAAGUUCACAACUGUAUCCAGAAAGAGAACAAGGACUCUAUCCACACCAACACAGCCAACCGCCGUACCACCCCUGUAUGAAGCCGAGGCCCAGAGCUCCAAGUAGGGGCCAGGGGAAAGAGGCCAGGGUGACAGGCCGGGCCAGGCUAGGGUCAGUGGGGGUGGAAAAAGAGGGGUGGGGGGUUGGGGGGAACAAAACCAACCAAGGGGGAACCUUCCAAA